AUGACGACCACUAGCCUGGUGAUGCAAAACCGUCGAGGCCAUGCCUCCGCCAAGCGCCCGCUUCGGCUCCCCAUUAUCGCCCCCAAGGAGGAGCCCGUUGAGGGUAAACUAGAGAAAGGCCUGAUUGCGCCUCCGCGCAUUCGCUUGCCCCCAAGAUCACGCACCGGUUGCUGGACGUGUCGGAGUCGCAAAGUCAAAUGCGAUGAAGGACACCCGCAAUGCAAUCAAUGUACUCGACUCGGCCAUAUCUGCGACUACCGACCGCGGCUGGCCUUCCGCGAUGAUACUCCUCGGAUCAUGGGCCGCAUGGCCGAUGUGAAGACCCAGGGAAACAUCGUCUGGGAUUUGUCUUCGCCCACUCCCAGCGAGGAGAAGUCGGAUUACUUUUCCACCCGGGACGCGCUUCCUGCAUUCUCUCUUCUCACCUCUGACGAGGACCGGGAAAGGAAAGCAGAGGCAUCGAGCCCCGGCACGUACCACGUAGUCGUGAUCCCCGAUAGUUUCUCUGCCCUGCCAGAGUAUGUGGACGACGUGUCGGAGCGGUCCAGGUCUGAGGCAAGUAGCUCGGUCGUCAACAGUCCUAUCAGCAGAUCCAAGGCCGAGAGUGACAUUGGCACUGACCCCAACGUCAACUCCCCGAGUGUCGCCCACAUCGGAGAUUGCGGAUCCUUUUGGAUCCCUCUCUUGGACCCGAUCCUGGCAACUCUUCCCCCUCCCAUCAAAUUCGAAGAUGACAUGUCCUUCUUGGACCCGUACAUUGAGCAGCAUAGUCAGGAUGCUGCGCUGUUUGCUCACUUCCGUCACGUGGUCUGGAAGCAGCUGUUCCCUCACGAUCGAGGUCAGGAUGAUUCGUUUGGACUCGAGAGCAGUGGCAUGACUUUGAGUGCCGAUUUCCUCGAGCGGGAGGCCGCGCAUUUCCCUCCGCUCUCCGAUGCCAUCAUGGCCGUUUCAGCGCUCAGCCUUUCACACAGUGGUACUGGGCAGAAUGUCGAUGCUCUGCAGUACUACCAGCAGGCUUUCCCUUCUCUUCAGACCAGCCUCCGCAACAGCGACGAUCUCGUUUCAGAUGGUCUUUUCCUGACUCACUUCUUACUUCUCAUCUAUGAGGUCGCAGCCGCCGAACCCCACGGUUCCAACCUCUGGUCUCACCACAUCUCUCGUCUCCUCCACAUCGCCUUUCUCCGCCGGUCUAAAUUUGGCCGUGAACCUCACCCUUUCAUUCUCUGGUGGAUCUGCCACAUUGAUCUCUACGCUCUGCUGAGUGGAGCCGGCACAGGUGAAUUCGUGCGGGCCGUCAUUGAUCACCAGAUGCUUCCCGCAUCGGAGUGCCUCCUAUACCCCUCUGUGCCCGAAGGCUACAGUAUGAUUUACCCCGAGGAGCACGACAGCUUGCCAGUAAUGAUGCGCCUUUACGCCGAUAGCUUUACUCUGGCUGCUCAGCUUGGAUUUCUCGCGGCUCAACUUCGCCAGGAAAAGCAGUCUCAGCCCUUUGCCGAGUUUAACAAGCGAUCGAAGGAGAUCGCCAACUUGCGCCAGGCCUUUGCCAGGCUUUGGGAGACUCCUGAAAUCACCUACUGGUCUCAGCAUCAAGAGACUCUUCCCCGCCGAUCCAAGGAGAUUUUACAGCAGGUCAGUCAUCUUGUUCUACGGAUGUGGAAUUUCAAAGUUAACGUGCUCUCACAGUCGGCUACCUUGUUCCACGCUUCUCAGCUAUUCUCAUUCAGCAGCAUGUGGCCUGGUCAACGCCACGAGUCAGAAUACACGCCUGACGGUGAGAUUGACUACCACGCGGGGGAGAUUUUGCGCAUUGCCGAGCAGACAACGAGCACCCGACGGGCUGACCGACACUUCCUUGUCUUCCCUUUGUUCCUGGCGGGUGCGACGGCCUCGGCUAGCGGCCUCAAAAUGAUGGCCAUGGAGUUGAUGACGAGUAUGGAGGAUGAAGAGGAUGGCAUGGGCCGCAACGCAGCAACCACACGAGCCAUUCUGCAGACAGUCUACGAGCGACAGCUUGAGCGCCUGAUGCGGGUCGGCCACACUAUGGAUGUGGAUUGGGCUGAUCUGAUGGCCAAAGAAGGGCUGCAGAUGGUGAACUUCGGGUUUUGA